AUGUUUAGAACAACAAAUGAUCGUCGUGUUAUUUUCGAUCAUUCAAAAUUACUUUCAAAUUGGUUAAAAUCAGUCGAAGAAUUUAUUCAUGAAAGAGCAAUUAAAGAUGCACCAGAAUUACGUAAAGCACAAUUAAAUGCUGCAAUAUCAAUCCAAAAACAAUUAAAUAAGGAAGAGAAAAAACAACAAAAGGAUGAUGAUUGGGAAAUAGAAAAGCCAUCAAAAGGAGGGAAAGGGGCUAAUAAAAAGAAUCGUUCAGGUGGAGGUUCUUCUCAUCAGACUUCGAGCCGUUCUAGCAAACAAAAAACGGCAACGGAAAGCAACAUUUCUAAUAAAGAUUUACUUUCUUGUGCUUCACCAUUUACUUCUGAUGAAUUAUUUACCGAAUUAGAACGUUGUCAUUCUUCGAGCGAUUUUCAAAUUCCUGAUACUCUUCGUGAAGAAAUAGCUGAUGAUUUUAUUGCUGAAGUUAAUAAUUUAUAUAGACGUUUUGUUACUGAAAUAUGGGAACAACAAUUACAUCAAACAACAGCUGAAGAACAACAAGCACAACGUCAAGCAUUUGAACAACGUUUAAAUAAAAUUUCGGAUGAAUAUACAGCUAUUUGCCUUUUUGAAAAAGGAGCUGAUUAUUUUGAAGAGGAUCAAUUAGCCAACGAUUUACGAAUUUAUUUGCUUCGCUCUCUCUGUACAGAAUUAUCACAUUCUCUUCUCUAUACUAUCUCAGACUUUAAUUUAUCCCAACAAUCUCCUCCACAACCAACAAUUUUAAAUAAUAAACAACGUGAUCAUUUAAUAGAUUCAUUAGAAUCUGUAGAAAUGCAAAAAUGUUCUCGACAUCUUUUUACCUCCCUUGAUACUUUAGAACAUUUUCAUGAAGCAUUUCAACGUUUAACAGCAAUGAAUGGCUUAAAGUUAAGACAGCCAGAUAGAAAAGAAAGAACCCAAAAAUUAGAUUUAUUUGGUAAAGAAUUGCAUAAACAAAUUUUGGAAUGUACAGAUCCCCCAACAACUCUUCUUUUAACUGUUAUUUUAUGUAAAUUUGUCUCCCCAUUAAUUCAUUUUCUUUCAACGGGAACAUCUGCUAUUCCUCCUGAUUUGGUUAAUUUAUUAAAUGAAAUACAACAUUUAGUAGUGGCAAGUAUUAAACAUAAAGGUGAAUCAUCAGAGAAAAUAAAGAAUGAUUUGAUGGAGAAAUUAGUUAAUUUGAAGACUUUCUUUUCUUAUUCUGAUCAAGAGGAAAAACAAGAAGAAAAGGAAGAGGAAUAA